UGGGUUUUCUUCCUGGCGCGGUUCUGCUGGCACGGCCGUCGGCGCCGGCGUACGGCGUCGGUGGCGGCGGGUGCGUCCAUAUAUGCGGAGGCCCCGGUGACGCGUCCCGCGGCGGCCUUGGCGCAACGGCGCGAGCGGGGGCUUUCGAGCGGUUUUGUCGUGGGCGACCGUUUGCGGUGGGCGCGGUGUGUCCCCGCGGACACCGCGCGGCGGCGAAGUGCCUCGCGAAGACGCGCGACCCCGGCCUGGGCGCCCGGAAGGGAAGCACGGCGACGACGAAGACUGCGACGACGCCGCGAUGGAGCUCCGCAUCGGGCUCGACUACGUGGUGGAGCACCCGGAGUACACCCGCACGCUGGCCACCGCGGCCGCGUCCGGCAACAGCGACCUGCGGCGCCAGGUGUGGGAGCUUCUGGUGGCGCUGUGCGGGCGCGGCGGCGAAGGCACCCGGCGGGCGCUGUCCACGCUCGACCAGCUGGCCACGCUGCGCGCCCAGCGCACCCGGCUGGCCGCCCUCGCGCUGGCCAUCUCGCGCGGCACCGACGACGAGGCGUCGCCGCUGCUGGCGCUCGCCAACAAGGCGCUCAGCGGACGCGACAGAGCCAGGCUGCGCGCCGAGCUCAGGGCCCGAGGGUCGCAGGUUCCUGCGGGCCUGACGUCUCCUCCUCCCGAAGAAAGCGGAUGGCCGUCGGGUACGUCAGGUCGGCCGGAGACGUUGCAGCAGGCCUGGACGGCCCUCUCGACGAGGGCCUCCGGCAGCGGCAAACGCGAGGCGUACCUGCUGCGCGCCCUGCAGCGGCUUCUGGCCGACGACGCCUGGGACACACCCGUGCGACAGACCAAACACAGCCAGACCAGCCUCGAGGCCCUGGACCGGUGCGGGACGGGAUCCGCAGCCGCGGCUGCCGCGCCCGCGAAGAGCGUCGCCACGACAGCUGCUGUGACGCAGACCACCGCAGCAGCGACUGUCGCAGCUUCCGCGCCGGCCGGCGACAGCGGUGGAAGCAACAGGAGGUGCUGCAGCUGCCGCUGCCACGAGCCAAAGCCCGCGGAGAUUAAGGCAAGAAAACCAGAGGCUGAACCGUUGAAUAUCUGACAGCACUCGCGCUUGGGAUGGUGGUGACGAUUUCGCCUAAGGCUGUAAAUCCGUUCACCUACUGAGUCGUUUGGACGUCUCGAAGCUAGACCUUUGUUACAGGGAAGUCGUAACGAGAAGCUCCGAAAUUAUUUUAUCCACUUUCGCUGUCACUCCCUCUUCACUUGUGCGCGUAAAGCUUCCGGAAGUACAUAAGCAACAAGCUCAGCCUGUCAAACCUACUACGUAAGGCGACAGUUAGUGUGUGCCGCCAUCUCACGUAUCCAUGGUGUUCUU